CACACGCGCGAGCACGAGGCUCCCGCGUGGACGCCGGUAUAAAACAGAAGCGCCAGGUUCAGACAAAAGUCUACGUAGAGGAGUGCGAGUGCGAGUGGCCCGAGGAGAGCGGAGAGCAUCAGAAAUGAGUAGAAUUACUAAAACCCACAUGACCUCACCCAUGUACUUCCCUGGCAUGGAUACAGCCCCUUUCUUUAAGGUGACUGUGUUUGAGCGGGAGCAUUUCCAGGGCAACUGUCAGGAGUUCACCUCCGAGUGCUGCAACAUCCACAACUGCGGCCUGGACAACAUCCGCUCCAUCCGAGUGGAGAGUGGAGCUUGGGUGGGAUUCGAGCACCAUGACUUCCAGGGCCAGCAGUUCAUCCUGGAGAGGGGCGAGUACCCCAACUGGGUCGCCUACAGUGGCUCCUUGUCAUACCACAACGAGCGCUUCAUGUCCCUUCGUCCCAUCUACUGUGCUUCUCACCAGAGCAGUCGUAUGAUGAUCUUUGAGAGGGAGAACUUCAUGGGCCGCAGCACCGAGCUGUGCGACGAUUACCCCUCCCUGAAGGCCAUGGGCUGGGUCAUGCCUGAGGUCGGAUCCAUGCACGUGCAGUGUGGAGCCUUUGUGUGCUAUGAGUACCCGGGCUACAGAGGCCAGCAGUACAUCAUGGAGUGCGAGAGACACAGCGGAGACUACCAGCACUGGAGGCACUGGGGCUCCCACUGCCAGACUCCAAAGAUCCAGUCCAUCAGACGCAUCAGGCACUGAGAAGGACCAGAUCGGGAACUGGCUACAGUAACGGCUCAGGACGCUGUGCUUUAGGGGCCUGACUGUUGAAGCCUGAACUUAAGGUUUGGUUCUGAGUUUAAGGCUUCAUUCGUCAGGACCGCAACUACAACACAAACCAUCAGUGACGUAGCAGCUACCUCUUUAUCCCAGCUCAUAUUCAAUUUCAUGUUAAUACUCAUUUUGUUUAAGAACAUGUGAAAUAAAGCUCAGAUUGAGAACCUGACAAGUCCCUUUCUGUCAUUUCUGUGUGAGUGCACGUAUGCAGAGAGGAUGUUUGCACAGGGAUAUUACGGUUUAAGUGCAAAACACAUAGAAAAAAACGUAUGCAGUUUAAU